AUGUUCUUCUUUCAGCCCUUCUCCAAAACAAAAAUUGACCUUCCAGGAUGCCCUUUCUCGGAGCUCUCUGAUCAUGUUGCAGCAUUUUCGUGUGCUCCAACUUCCUGGGCUUGUGAGGUUUGUGUUAUAAACCGCGUCAAUGGUUAUGAACUGAAGCUGCAUUUACUUCGCCGCGGAGACAAGGAAUGGUUCCAACGCGACAUUCCUUGUUCAGGAAUCGAUACAAUCAAAUGCGCUGCUUGCAGGACUGAUCAACAAGAAUUCUACUUUUUCGACAAUACAGACCGGUUGUUCAUCGUAUUUACUGAUCAUAACCUAGUGGGCUGGAGGUUUUUCAGAUGGUCUCCUGUGGAUCCCACGGGACCCCAGCCAAAAUUCUUUGUUAGCAAGAGUUAUUUCAUGAACACUGACAUGAAGAAGAAGCUGGGGUUGGCAAUGGCAAAUCAUGAGGCUGUUUCGUUUUCUACUUGUGGGACACAAAGGAAGUCAGGUGGCAAGGAUAGUUUCGUUUACAAUGAGAGCAUAUCUUGCAACCGCCGUAUUGAAGAAUCCAAGAGCCGUCAACUCAGAGGGGUAUGGAUCUACCCAAAAUUCUACCGAGUCCCUCCAAAAGAAGAGACUUGGUGA